UCUCCUGCGGAACAGUUGAGCGCAGGAUUCGGGAAUCAUCUCUGGGUCUUAUCGAAUGAGAUUUUUUAUAAGGGAAAAAAAAGUGGUUUGUUUGUUGGUUAAUUUGAUAUAGUUUUGGGAAGAGGAGAGAAGAUCAGGGUGGAUCCUGAUGGAGGAAGCGGCUCUUGGAGGUCUGGGCCGGUGCUCGUGUGCCUUCUGGCUGGCAGUGGUGUUCGACGUGUGCGGCCUCGUGGUGCUGCUCGCCGGGGUGUUCGCUGACAUCUUCUUCUACGACUUUCUCAUCUACGCCGGCGCAAUCAUCAUCUUCCUCAGCCUGAUCUGGUGGGUGUUCUGGUACACGGGCAACAUCGAGGUGCCCCCCGAGGAGCUCGAGGACGACGUGGGCCUGCUGAAGAACAAGGAGAAAGGCUUUGCCGGCGUCCUCAGGAGGUUCUCGAGCCGGAUCAGGAGCUCGGUGAGGAGGACCGGAGGAUCCACGUUUGAACCACGUGGCCGACAAGGUGGCCAGGGGUCUGUAACCGUCAACCUUCCCAUGACUCCUCCUCAACCUCAACCACCAUCAUCCCAUCAAGAACACCUGAACACUGUUUCAGCCGCUGUGGCUACAGAAACUUCGCCCAUAUGAGCCUCAGAUUUACAGUGACCUGAUGAACAGAAAAGAAAUCAAAAUGGACCUGAAGUCACGACGGCACUGUAUAUUUAUUUUUGUAGUUAUUGAUAUUUUGUUUGUACAAAUGAUUGUUUGAUACUGUUGUAUAUUGAUUAUUAUAUAUAUUUUUUAAAAACGUUAUCAUUUUGAUUAUAUUUUGCUUGAUUUUCUUGUAGUGAUGUAAUCACUGCCGGCUCUUUCACCUUCAGAUAGAAAUACUAUACGGCCAAAAUUAUUUGGACACCCAAGCACAUUCCAACAAUCUAGCAGAGCAUCUUACCAGAAGAGUGAAGAUUAUUAUACCAGUAAAUAGGGACCAAAUCAGGAAGGAGCACAUGCCAAUCUUAUGCUCAGGUGUCCACAAACUUUAUAGUUUAGAUAUAGUUUAGAUGGAUGUACAGCUCUCUUUGUUUUUUCAAUCAUGACUUUUGUGUGGAAUUGAUGAUGAUGAUGACAAUGAUGUUGAUGAUAAAACACUAUGUAUUAGGUGGAUCAUUUUUUACAAACCAGACUGAAGAAUAAACGGGUGUUUUUUUGUAGACGUGAUGUUGGAGGCUGAUUUGUGUGCACUUCCUCGUGCGGUUUUAACUUCCACUUGCGUUCGGUUCUCUAAUAAACGCCACCUUUGAACAGCGA